UCGGGCGCUGCAGGGACUGGUCGAAGGUGCCUCAUAACUUCAUUACGUGACACGAGAGCGAAAAGUUAAGCUUAAUUCUUGUUUGAUGUAGUAGUAAUUUUUUUUCGUAUACACUUAUUAAUUAUACUUACACUUCCGAUCUUCAUCUCCCUACGGAGUAUACUCGGGCAAACAGCACAUCCAACACUCGUGGUGAUAUAGAUCUAAAUUUGACUGGAUGUGCCCCCCCAUUCCAUGCAGAUGUAGUAUAUAUAUUUAUAUCAACCCACGCCACUUUAAACACAGGAAAUCUAGAGAAAUCUCCCUUUUAUAGAAAGAAAAGAAAACAAAAUUCAAUAAAUGAGGCAUAUCUUGGCGCGAACACGUGACAUUUACACCUUUUAAAGGCGGCCCCCAAGAUGAUAAAAAGUGCCUUUCACUCACCCUUGACCACCAUGUCAGCCCGUCCCCUCCGACCGGAUGGUUAUGAGCUAGAUGAUCGGAUAUCACUGGAAUCGGGAGAGCAUUUCAAUUUCCGCGAAGAAGAUGGGGAAUGGCGACGGGAUCUGCAGCCUUUGCCGGGGUUGGGAAUCGGGUUGCUCAAGCUGUCAACAGGGCUUUUUACCGUACUCUCUCGCGCCUCUACAGCGUCCCUGCGGCUGGUCACCAGCGGGAAAUUCUCGUUGAGACGUGGAUCUCGAUAUCGAUCCAUACGUCGCAUGCCCUUUCUGAUUCUUAACGUAGCGCUGGGCGUUCUCCUGGCAUCUAUAUUUUUGACAGCCACCUUCUGGCCGUCCUAUACACAUCUACCAGCGCAUUACAAGGCUCUGCAAGAGCGGGUACAGCGCACGGAAGCUCAUGGAAGGGGCAAUCUCCGGAAUGAAAAGGUUUUCAUCGCCGCAGUUCUCUAUGACCCGCAAGGAGAGAUCGCCAAUGGGCGCUGGGGCCAUGCACUGCUCCAACUCAUUCAGCUUCUGGGUGAGGAAAAUGUCUUCCUGAGCAUAUACGAAAACAACAGCGGAGAAACCGGGCAGCGUGCCCUGGACGCUCUAUCCAAUCAAGUGACUUGCAACCAUUCUAUUCUAGCUGAGCCGGAUCUCAGCUUGGGCGGAAUCCCUCGCGUGGCUGUGCCGGGCGGAGACAAGCGCAUUCGCCGGAUUGAUUAUCUGGCGGAGGUUCGAAAUCGGGCUCUACGACCCUUGGACCAGCAACCGGACGUGAAAUAUGACAAACUCCUCUACUUGAACGAUGUCAUCUUCGACCCGGUCGAGGCGCUUCAGCUUCUUUUCUGUACCAAUGCGGGGGGUGCUGACGGGGUCGCUCAGUACCGCGCGGCUUGCGCCGUGGACUUCAGCAAUGCAUUCAAGUUCUAUGAUACCUACGCCACGCGCGAUCUGGAGGGCUACGGGAUCGGACUUCCGUUCUUCCCCUGGUUCACCACGGCAGGCCACGCGCAGAGCCGACGCGACGUAUUGCAGGGCCGAGAUGCGGUCCGCGUCCGCAGCUGCUGGGGCGGGAUGGUGGCAUUUGAUGCCCAGUUUUUCCAGGGGGUGAAUCCCGUUCGCUUUCGGGCUGACGCGGAGUUGUUUUGGGACGCCUCGGAAUGCUGUAUUGUCCAUGCGGACAUUCAGGAUCCACCGUCGAACCCCGAAGACAUCAGCGAUCGAGGAUCGUACAUGAAUCCCUUUGUGCGUGUCGCAUACGAUGCUCGAAGCCACUCUUGGCUGUGGACAACCCGUCGCUUCGAGAGGCUAUAUCCCCUUGCCCAUACCCUGCUCAAUCAUGUGGUUGGACUACCCUGGUACAACCCUCGCCAGUCGGAGAUUCCUGGCGCGAAGGUCGUCAACACCGUCUGGACCGACCGCGAUGGUGAUGGUGAUGGUCAAGGAGGUGGCUUCCAGACGAUUGAGCGUGAUGCGCGAAACGAUGGAUUCUGUGGCCGGCGCGGACUGGAAGUCAUCGUUGAGGACCGGAAACCUUGGCAGGAUGGAUUUGAACCUAUUGCAAUCCCCAGGGUGGUAUUGUAAGCGAAGGAGCAGCU